AUGGUCAAGAAAGGGAGAGUGGAGAAUCGAGCAGAACGGCAACAUGCGAAGUUUUCAAAGAAUCUCGGAGUCCAGAUUAUCCAAGAACUGGGACCCGAUGCCAAAAGCCUCAGCGUCUUUCAUCGCACUCCGAACUUUGCGCUUCCCAUGCGCCGGAAGAUUCUGUAUCCCGAAGGCCAGAACAGAGCUACGUCCAGAUAUCCUGAGCUAUACGAUCUUCGCGAACGAUACUUUGGUGGGUUCGCUUACGAAUGGGAUGAUCGGAACACCCUCUCGAACACUCCCGAGGCGAGAGAGACGUUUUGGGAGUCUCUCUGGUAG